CCGUAUUUUUCACAGUGUGGUACUUUUACUGAGUAAAGGAUCUGAAUACUGCCCCAGCUGUUGUCUAUUCUCCACAGUAAAAGUCAACUUCUGCUUUUAUUUUAAAAGAAAAAAAACGGUUUACUCUUUCUGUCCAACUUGAUUAUUAGAGUCUCUGAUUACGACAGCAACAAGCACAGCGCAGGCGCAGCUCUUGUUGGGCUGUGAUGUCAUAGGAUGCAGUUCCCAUCGUGCAGCGCGCCAUCCGGAAGAGGAAAAUAGUUCUUUGUUGAUUUCGAAAACUUUUGUGUUGCUGAUGUGAAGCUCGGGAUCCGGCGGGCUGGAGAUGUGGAUGUAGCGCCGCUCUGAGGGGAUGAUUUCAGCCAGCAUGGAAACUAAACGUGUGGAGAUCCCCUCCGGCGUGCUGGACGACCUCUGCAGCCGCUUCAUCCUGCACAUCCCCAGCGAGGAGAGGGACAACGCCAUCCGGGUGUGCUUCCAGAUCGAGCUGGCCCACUGGUUCUACCUGGACUUCUGCGUGCAGAACACACCGGGAGCUCCUCACUGCGGGAUAAGAGACUUCGCCAAAGCUGUCUUCCAUCACUGCCCGUUUCUGUUGCCUCAUGGAGAGGACGUGCAGAAGGUCCUCGAGCAGUGGAAGGAGUACAAGAUGGGUGUACCCACCUAUGGAGCCAUCAUUCUGGACGAAUCUCUAGAAAACGCGCUGCUUGUUCAAGGCUACCUCGCCAAGUCCGGCUGGGGCUUCCCGAAGGGGAAGGUAAACGAGGACGAAGCUCCUCAUGACUGUGCGGUCCGUGAGGUGCUGGAGGAGACGGGCUUUGACAUCAAGAACCGCAUCUGCAAAGACGUGUACAUAGAGCAGAAGAUCACCGACCAGCUGGUGCGGCUCUACAUCAUCCCAGGAGUGUCGAAGGACACCAAGUUCAACCCCAAGACGAGGAAGGAGAUCCGGAACAUCGAGUGGUUCUCUGUGGAGAAGCUGCCGUGUCACAGGAACGACAUGACCCCAAAGUCUAAACUGGGACUCGCCCCCAACAGGUUUUUCAUGGCCAUCCCCUUCAUCAGACCGCUGCGGGAGUGGAUCAGCAGGCUGAAAGGCGAGUCAACAGACAGCGACGAGGACUUCGCAAACGCUCCGUGCAAACCCUCAGACGUCGCUCGGUCCAAGUCCCGCCGCCUUGACGCGCCUGGAGCAGACGGCUGGACGAAGCACAAACAGCAGAAGACUCAGUACGAGCUGAACCAGCGGGGGGGCGAGAGGAAAGGCCAGGACUCACCGCACGUGAAGAAAGGAGCCAAUGACGGCAGCCAGCAGGUGAAAACCAAAGAGGACAAAAAGAUCCAACCCAGACGACUUCAGGACAGCUUUGAGAGAGACCAGCAGGCGGUCCAGCUCCACCUGCUGUCCUCCAAGACUUUCCUCAACUUCAAGUUUGACCGAGACGCCAUCAUGAAGUGUUUCGACUUCUGAUGAAGUCCAGCUGGCCGUCACAGCAUCAGACUGUGGAGUCCUGCAGUCCAGGCUCAGCUUCGACACAUUUACAAUCUGUUUUUCAUUGAACGCAUCAUGUGAGCUUCACGGGCCUCGCUUGCUUCAGACCUUAAAACACACGUGAGGCUGUGUGAUGUCAGUGGAUCAUGUCGGUUUUCAUUUAUGUAUUGAUUUUAACAGGUGGGAACUUUGUCUUUCAUUCUCCUGACCGGAUGCUGUCACAUCAUGUUGUGUGUGUUCGCUGUGUUACUGACUUAAAGAUUUUAUUCAGGAGGGUUCAAGUUUGGUACGGAAGCUUGUGGCUGCCAAUAUUAAAGUGAAAUCAAUAAAUUAAAAUUUAAAAAUCUCCAGUAAAGGCCAGGAAAUUUUAAUUACAAAAUAAAAUUGAAAUUAUAAAAUGAAAAAUAAUCGUCAGAGUGCAUCAUCACUGCAUCAUGACAAUAAUUCAGUUUCACAUUUAAGUUGUUUACCAGGCUGAAAAUGUUUCAAGUUCAGGCGUCCACACGUUGUUGUUGUUAAACAACUCGUGUGUUUUUCAGCAGCUUUGUAAUUCGUGGCUGUUCUGUCGCGCGGACUGCAGGUUCACAUGUUGAACUUCCUGUCAGGAUUUCUCACACCACAAGUCCUCCGUCUCGGUUAUGCAGUAGUCGUCGUUUGGUGUGAGACCUUGCAGACCAACUGUGGAUGUGAGAUUUCUUCUCAUUUGUUGCUGACAGGUUCUUUGGUGUUUUUUUAAGAUUUAAUUAUUCAUGUAUUUGUAGACAAACAACUGCAUAAACAUAAAGACAAAAAAUGAUGCACUGUCUGUUAAGGCUGAUGAAUUACAGAAGCUGGACAACAAACACGUUCUGGGUUCUCGGUUGUUCGUCUCAACUUGUCCUUUGGCUUCAAGUGUUUCGAAUUAAAAUGUGAAUAUCAAUAAAGUCUUUUUUUCACUCA